AUGAAUAAUUUCUCUACUGAGCUAGGGACGAGACCCAUCUCGACAGAUCCCAUACUAAAUGGUCAAUUACCAGAGAAUAAACGUUCAAAACAACCAGUGGCUAUUAUAGGAUAUGCAUGCCGACUACCAGGGGAUGUCUCCUCGCCCAAUGACUUGUGGGAGCUUUGUACACGUAAACGAAGCGGCUGGUCAAAAAUUCCCAAAGAUCGUUUCUCAUCAGAAGCAUUUCAUCAUCCUAACCCAAGCAAAGUGGGAACGUUUAACCCGGCCGGCGGAUACUUCUUGCAAGAUGACAUUUCACGUUUCGAUGCCCCCUUUUUCAAUAUAUCUACCCAGGAGGCUAUUUCCAUGGAUCCUCAGCAACGACUAUUGCUAGAAUGCUCAUACGAGGCGUUGGAGAGCGCUGGGCUUCCAAAGGAGUCACUCGCAGGGCGAAAUGUGGGUGUUUUCGUGGGAGGAAACUUUGCCGAUUACGAGCUCAACAAUGUGCGCGAUGUCGAGACAAUUCCUAUGUAUCAAUCUACAGGAUGUGCUCCGGCUUUGCAGUCAAAUCGCAUUUCGUACUUUUUCGAUUUUCGUGGUCCCAGUUUUACGGUUGAUACGGCCUGUUCUUCUUCCCUAGUAGCACUUCAUAAUGCCGUCCGAAGUUUGCAAAAUGAAGAGUCUAGUGAAGCCCUUGUUGCAGGCUGUCGACUAAAUAUUGUUCCGGACUUGUUUGUUUCGAUGUCGAUGUCACACCUUUUCAACGAUGACGGUAAAACAUACUCCUUUGAUGAUCGAGCCAAAUCCGGUUUUGCGCGAGGUGAGGGUGCUGGUGUGGUUCUGCUCAAACCUCUCGACGCCGCAAUUCGCGACCAAGACCCCAUUCGAGCUGUUAUCGCAAACUCUGGCCUUAGCCAAGAUGGUCGAACUCAAGGAAUCACGCUACCGAAUGUCCAUGCUCAAGAACAGUUAAUGAGUCGAGUCUAUCGAGAAGUUGAUAUCAAACCCGAAGAAUGUGGGUUUGUCGAGAUGCAUGGUACAGGAACAAAGGUCGGCGACCCGAUUGAAGCUGCUGCUGUGCGUGCUGCUCUUGGAAACGGUAGAACAGCAAGAGAUCCUCUAUAUAUCGGCUCUGUGAAGUCGAAUGUAGGCCAUCUAGAAGGGGCUAGUGGAAUAAUAUCCGUCAUUAAAGCUGCUAUGAUGCUGGACAAUGGCCUUCUUCUCCCCAAUGCGGACUUCCAGAAAGUUAAUCAGAAUAUACCACUAUCUGAGUGGAACAUGAAGGUUGUGACAUCGACAAGACCCUUUCCUCGAGGGAAGAAAUACGUCAGCGUGUCAAAUUACGGUUUCGGAGGAACAAACGGUCAUGUUGUUCUUGAGAGACCACCACUAGAAGCCAAAUUGGCGACUAGUAUGACCACUGUCAAUAGUGAUGCAAUUGGCAAUGACCCAAAACAAAAGCUGAUUAUCAUUUCAGCCAAUGAUAAGGAUUCUUUGCAGGCAAGGAUCAAAGACUUCUGCAUAUACUUUGAACAACGUCCUGAGGUUUUCGAGAAAAUGCUAUUCGGCAAUUUCGCCUAUACAUUAGGAAGCAAGUUGUCUCAACUAGCAUACCGAGUCGCACUUUCUGCGAGCUCACUGGACGAGUUAGGAGUCCGCCUUGCGCAAUUGAAAGUAAACCCGGCUCGAGUUCUUGGAUCCCCUUCUAUAGGUUUUAUAUUCACCGGUCAAGGAGCUCAGUGGGCACAAAUGGGUGUUCCGCUUAUGGCAAAAUACCCAAUAUUCGCCUCGGCAAUUGAACGAGCUGAUGCGUGUCUUCAAUCGAUAGGCGCUUCUUUUUCCCUAGUCGAUGAACUUGGUAAGGAUGCUACAAGUUCUGAAAUUGAUUCACCGCAUCUCAGCCAGCCUGCAUGUACGGCCUUACAGAUCGCCCUGGUAAUACUCUUAGAUUCUUGGGGCAUCCGGCCUUCAUCAGUUGUUGGUCACAGCUCUGGAGAAAUUGGAGCUGCUUAUGCGGCCGGAGUUUAUGACCUGGAGUCGGCCAUGAGCCUCGCCUAUCACCGGGGCCGGAUGACUCGUUUACUCAAAGAGAAAUGUCCAGAGUUGAAAGGAGGUAUGCUUGCGGUUGGUGUUGGUGCUGAGACAAUACGGCAGAUGCUGAAAAUGCUUCGGGGUGGGUAUGCUACCAUUGCCUGUAUCAACAGUCCCACAAGUGUGACGGUGUCUGGUGAUCUCCAAGCUAUUCAGGAGUUAGAAGAGGCUCUUCAAUCCAGACAAAUCUUUAGCCGGAAAUUGAAAAUUGAUGUGGCAUACCAUUCUGAUCAUAUGAGAAAAAUUGCGGAGCCAUAUUUCUCCGCAAUAUCAUCAAUUCAGCCGAAAAGCACUAGCAGCGCUACGUUUUAUUCGUCGGUUGAAGGCCGUAUCAUUGAUCCCUCUUCACUGGGCGCCGCGUACUGGGUACAAAAUCUAGUGUCUUCGGUGCUGUUCUCCGAAGCUCUCGGGAAAAUGUGUUCCAGUGACGGUAGACCAAAUCUACUUGUCGAAAUUGGGCCGCACUCUGCGUUGAAAGGCCCUGCAAUUGACAUAUUGAAACAUCUCGGGCCAACUUCCUCUAAGGUUGCCUACACACCCACGAUUCUUCGUAAGGUUGAUCAUAUCGACGCUCUAUUCGAUACUGCCAGGGCGGCAUACGUAAGAGGAGCGAAGCUAGACAUGAAUGCUGUCAAUUUCCCUUCUAGUGGAGCAAAGAAUAAUGCUUUCUUGACGGACCUUCCUCGUUACCCAUGGCAGCAUGGUACGCGAUAUUGGCAUGAAGCCAGAAUUGCGCAAAACCAUUCGAUUAGAGAUGGAGCAAUCAGAAAUGAUAUUCUGGGCGUAGUCGCCAAUUAUUCAAAUGAUCUGGAACCUACAUGGCGAAACAUUGUGCGACUAGACGAUAUCCCAUGGCUGCGAGACCAUAAGAUGCAGGGUAUGGUUGUUUAUCCCUUGGCAGGAUAUCUUUCGAUGGCGGUCGAAGCCGCGAAGUUUCGCGCCCAAAAACGUAACCAAUCCUUCUCUGCUUACAAAUUUCGUGAAGUUGUUGUUGAAUCAGCUUUGGUCAUAAGCAAUGACGUCAAUAUAGAAACGACCAUAUCCUUGCAGCCCUACGAUGAAGGAACACGUGGUUCAUCCGAUCUUUGGGAUGAGUUUAAAAUCCACUCUUGGACAUCAAAACGAGGCUGGAUUCAGCAUUGCCGUGGACUUGUUGGAGUACGCUCGAAACAAACCGACAAUACCCUCGAAAUCUUCUCCGCGGACAAACGCAUACAAGAACAUAUACUAACCGAAAAGGCGAAGAUCCGCACUGCUUCUGUAAACCACGUUCAAACAGAUCAUUUAUACCAAGUCCUUAUGGAGCUGGGAGCAGAAUAUGGACCUACAUUCCAAGGAUUGGAGAAUACACAUGCUGAUUCUCAUCAUUCACACGCCGACCUAUAUAUUCGUGACACCGCGAGAGUCAUGCCCAAAGGCUUCCAGCCAGAACUAGCCAUUCAUCCGGCGCUUCUUGAUGGAUUGCUACAUCUCGUGUGGCCAAUUCUUGGACAUGGAAAGAUGGAUCUAGAAACAUUAUACAUGCCCACUCUCAUAAAAGAGGCAAUUAUCAGCCGCAAUAUUCCUUCCUCACCUGGUCAGUACAUUAAAGCUUACGGCACUGGAAGCCCUCAUUUGCCCUGGCCGGAACCAACCAAUUUUGAUCUCUUUGCUACACAAGAUGACUCUAGCGAGCCAUUGAUAAUGCUAGAUGGGCUCGUUAUGACACCGAUUCGUGACUUAGGGCUAGGGCAGCAGGGUGAGGUGAGGAAGCUUUGCUAUAAAUUUGAAUGGCUACCAUUGGUUGAAACGGCUGUUCCUUCUAAUGGGAUUGAACCGUGUCAAGAGACACCAUCCGAUGGAGAAUUUAUUCAGACAAACGGAACUAUCCACACGAAUGGCGUUACUACGGAACAGGAAUCAUCUAAAAAAGCAACUAAUGGGAUUAUACCCGAUAAACGUAAUUUGCUAAUUGCAAAUUUUGGAAAUAGCAACCUUCAAAGUUCCAUUAGUAUUGCUCAAGAACUGUCUGCGGGUCCAGUACUAGAGAUCGACGAAGUAACCAAGUCUACAUGUACAGAGAAAAAUGUUAUUAUCAUCCAGUCCCCAUCGAGCUCUCUGCGCAAUAUCACGGCUUCACAAUUCGAAUGCAUCAAGACUACCUUACUCAACGCAGCCAACGUUUUGUGGAUUUAUCAAACGAAUACACCAGAUGCACAUAUGACAGUUGGACUCACGCGGUCUGUGAGAUCCGAAACAAUGGCCAAAGUGAGUACGCUAGGUCUAGAUACUGAAGAGCCAAAUGCAGCAUCAAGUGCCAUUCGGAAAACUAUUGGGAUAAUUUGGUCUGCAGACGGGGCGGAGAUAUGCCCUGACUUUGAAUUCAAGUCGAAAGGAGCUGACCUACAUAUUUUGCGUGCGGUUGAAGACGAUAGCUGCAAUACCUUUAUUCACAACGAAGUCAGCGAUUUUGCACUCUCACUACAAGCUUUUCAUCAGCCAGGGAGACGUUUCAAGCUCGGCAUCACAAACCCUGGCUCUCUUGAUACUAUAUAUUUUGCCGACGACGAUGCCCCCAUUUUGGAGGAUAAUUCUGUGGAAGUAGAAGUCAAGGCUACUGGUAUCAACUUCAAAGAUAUUGUCGUAUCAAUGGGUCAGUUAAAUCAACCGUACAUCGGUGUAGAGUGCAGUGGGAUUGUCUCAUCAGUUGGAAAGAACGUGAAUGACAUCAAAAUUGGCGAAAAGGUGAUGUGUAUGCCUGAAGGGGCCUACUCAACAUACGCGCGAUGUCUCAGCACAAGUGUUAUACCUAUUCCAGAAAUUUUAUCAUUGGAAGAAGCUGCCACAGUCCCGAUAGUCUUCUGCACAGCAUACUAUGGUCUUUUUGAUCUCGGUAGACUUGAGACCUCCGAACGCGUCUUAAUUCAUGCCGGCGCAGGUGGUGUUGGGCAAGCAGCCAUUCAGCUAGCUCAAAUGGCUGGCGCGGAUGUUUUUGUAACUGUCGGAAAUCGUGACAAGAAACUAUUCGUCAUGGAGAAAUACAGUAUUCCCGAAAAUCGUAUCUUUUACAGCCGCGACAGUUCUUUUGGGAAAGCAGUCCGUCAGGCCACUAAUGGCGAGGGUGUGGACGUUGUCCUCAACUCUCUCGCAGGUGACCUUCUUCGAGAAACAUGGGAGUGCGUCGCACCUUUUGGUCGAUUCAUAGAAAUUGGAAAGGCCGACAUUACAAAAAAUAGCCGUUUGGACAUGCUGAAGUUUGAGUACAAUGUUACAUUUGCGUCGGUUGAUCUGACGAAAGUGGCAAAAUAUAAGCCUAAACUGAUGAAACGGCUACUGAAUGAUGUUUCUCAGCUGAUCACAAAACAGAAAAUAAAGCCAAUCUUCCCGAUUACAAAGUUCCGCAUUUCCGAACUCGAGAUGGCGUUUCGAACGCUACAGACAGGGAAGAACAUGGGGAAAUCGGUUGUUGUCCAUGAUGGCGAUGAUCUGGUGAAGGCCGUGGCAUUGAAAGCGGGACCUGGUCUUUUGCGUUCCGAUGCUACUUACAUUAUUGUCGGUGGUGUCGGUGGUCUAGGUCGUGCGAUGGCAAAGUGGAUGUCGCAGAAGGGGGCACGAAAUAUCGUCCUAACUUCACGCAAUGCCUCCGUCAGCAAUGAAGUGCAAGUCCUUAUAGACGAAGUCCGCAUUCAUAGCACCCGUAUUCUCGUGAAGGCUUGCGACAUAACUAGCAACGAGUCAGUAAAUAAUCUUGUGAGGGAGGAGCUUAAAGAUCUUCCUCCUAUACGCGGUGUGGUACAUGGUGCAAUGGUUUUACGAGAUAUGCUUUUUGAGCAGAUGGCAUUCAAUGACUUUGAGACCGUAGCAACUUGCAAGGUUGAAGGAGCAUGGAACCUACACUACAACUUAGCUGAGUCGCCAUUGGAUUUUUUUAUCGCCUUAUCAUCCGUCGCCGGCGUGGUAGGAAAUCGUGGUCAGGCUGCUUAUGCUGCCGCAAAUGUUUUCCUAGACGGGUUCAUGGAGUAUCGCCGUUCACAAAACCUUCCAGGCGCCUCGAUAGAUCUUGCUGCGGUGACAGAUGUCGGGUAUCUGGCUGAUAGUGACCCGUCACGGCGACAGGAAGUAUUGAAAAACGUCGGCAGCUCCGUUAUCAAUGAAUCAGAAGUACUUGCCCUUUUAGCUCUUGCUAUUACUGGGGAGUUAAAGAAAUCUUCUCACAGACAGUACAUAACGGGGUUGGAAAUCAUGGAGUCAGCAGAUAGCUUUUGGAUUCACGAUCCAAAAUUUCAGGUCCUCCGUGAUGCAGCAGGAUCAAAUCUGAAGUAUUCUGAUUCAACUGGUCAGAGUAUCCCCCUUAGCGUGGCACUCAAAUCGGCAUCUUCUAAAGAAGAGGCGUUGGAACUAUGUUUUGGGGGUUUAGUAGUGAAGCUGGCAGAGGUGCUGGGCCUCUCAGCGGAAGAUAUGGAUACGCUGACCCGCCUUUCGUCACUCGGCCUCGACUCUCUGGUUGCAAUCGAGAUUCGUAAUUGGAUUGCAAGAGAGGCAGAUGCGAACGUGCAGGUCCUGGAGCUGCUGUCGAGUGAGUCGUUGAGUCAUCUAUCAGAGCUUAUUAUCACCAAGUCUAAGCUUGUGUUCAAGUUUUGA